AUGAAACCAGUAGCGAAGUGUCUGCCUCCUCUAGGCUUUGCUAAUGGGGAACACAGCAGUCAUUCUCAUUUCUCAGACACUUUUGAUGUAGAAGCACUUGUGCACCACUGCUGCAAACAUGCCUUCUCCCUCACUGGGAGUAAGUCUGUUUGUUGUACAAUAUAUGGAGCCCGGUGUCGUCCCCUGCCUCGCUGCCCACAGUUGGCUGUGUGAGUUGGGAAGGGAAAAGCAAUCAGAUUGGAGUCCCUCUGUAGGCCUGGAGACAUCAUUACAAUUGAACACAACACUGAUGAAGUCCCAAAAGACAGCCACAAGUCUCAGAGCCAGCCUGGGGGCACAUGGGAUCCUCCACUCCCCUGUGAAAGAGGAAAGCAUGUGUUAUUGCUGCACUGUUCCGAGCCUGCAGACAUCACCCACGGGUCUCACAGUGGCCCAGCAAAAGCAUUUUUCACUCCUGGGACAUCUGUAAGCUACAUCUGUGAGCCCGGCUUCUCUCUCAUCGGGGCAGCAACCAUUUAUUGCACACAAUCUGGAGCCUGGAGCCAUCCUCCUCCGGCCUGUCAAGUUGUGAAGUGUCUCCAUCCUCCAAGCAUCACCAACGGGAAGCUCAAAGGCAACAUCUCUGACACUUUUUCCUAUGGAGCAUCUGUAUCCUACAGCUGCAAUCCUGGUUAUGCGCUCGUUGGGAACGCUUUCAUCAACUGCACACUGUCAGGAACCUGGAGCCAGCCUCCUCCUCGGUGCAAAGAGAUCAGAUGUGUAUUCCCAGAAGUUCAAGGUGUUAAGAAAGCCAUAAAACAAAAUACUUAUCGCUCUGGGACUAACAUCACUCUUGAAUGUGAUGAUGGUUACACGUUGGAAGGCAUCAGUCAGAUUCAGUGCCAAGAGGACUUCAGCUGGGACCCUCCUGUCCCAGCCUGUAAACUGACAUCACACAAGUCUGGUUCCGUAGGCCUAGGAGUCGCAGCUGCUGGAGUCCUGCUGGUCCUGGCUGCUGGAAUCGUCUGGAAAAUUAUUUCUAAGCAGAAGCAAGGAUAUUAUCAUACAUAUGAAAAUGACAGUUACCAAACCCCUCUGAACCAGAGAGCUCAACAGAAAUACACAUGUAUGCCUCCAGAUAGGCUGCAAUACGCAGAGCUGGAGGAGAGUUUCAGCACAAUGAAGAGCUUUCCUGUUGGAACCACAGUGUCGUACAUCUGCCGGCCGGGGUAUAAAAGAAUCGCCGGAAAAUCAACUCGUACAUGUGGUAAAGACUUACAGUGGUCGCCCGCAGAGCAGUUCUGUGAAGAAAGAAAAUGUAACCAUCCAGGAGAAUUACAACAUGGUUUUGUUAAUGUGGAAGAUCUUACAUUUGGUUCAAAAGCUACUUUUUCUUGUGAACCAGGAUACAGAUUACAUGGACCUGAUGAAAUUUCCUGUGUAAUUAAGAAUGAUGGUGUUGCUUGGAGUAGAGAUCUGCCUUUGUGUGAAAAAAUUCCUUGCAAACCACCUCCAAGCAUAGCCAACGGCCACUACACUGAGGCGUCUAGCUAUGUUUAUCAAACAGCAGUAACCUACACCUGUGAUGAAGUACCAAAAGGCGCAGAUCCCUUCUUGCUGAUUGGCCCAGCUACUAUUUUCUGCACAUAUGAUGCACACUUAAAUGGAGUUUGGAGUGAACCACCUCCACAAUGUAGAGUGGUCAAAUGUGAUAACCCGAAAGUUGAAAAUGGGAAAAAAAUAAGUGGAUUUAGACCUUCCUAUACCUAUAGGGACUCAGUCAUGUUUGAGUGUGAUCCAGGCUAUUUCCUGGUUGGACCGGAUGUAAUUACCUGUGGAGAAGAUAACACCUGGUCUCCUCCAAAACCAACUUGUGAAAAAAUUACCGACGUUGUAUGCGGUGCCCCAAAGAUUACACAUGCAGUAAUAAGUCCAGUGAAAUUUAUAUAUGAAGAAGGAGAGACUGUUCAUGUAAAGUGCGACGCUUACUGUACUUUUUCUGAUGGUGCUGAAGAGAUGACAGUAAUUUGUCAAGGACAGAACACGUGGAGUUCUUUACGAAACUGUGCAUGUAAGCCUGAAAGUUCUCGUUUCACUCCAUACAUAAAUCAUGGUAGAGUAAUUGAUGGACAAAAACCUUCAUAUUCCGUCGGAGAUUUUAUUACGAUUGAAUGUUAUGCAGGCUACACAUUACAUGGUGAAGCUCGUAUUCAGUAUAUUGGGGAAAAUCAAUGGAAUCCUGAAGUGCCAACUUGCCAGUUAAGUGCGUAUAUUACGGGCAUCCUCUGUGGGUGCCGGUCAGAGGACAGGCUGCUGCUGGAGCGAUGGAGACGGCGGACGCAGUAUGUCUGA